AUGUUGCAGCCACAGAACCUGGCUGCCGUCAGACGCUUCUUCGGCUGGAAGCGGCCGAGCGACUAUGCCAACAAGAACGACCCUAUGUACUACCGACUGUGCAAGUAUCGGACACUGAAGACAAGAGCGAAGCUAUUAGAGAAGCUGCGUCGAAAGGGUCGAUGGGACUGGGACGUGAAUCAACGCCCAUUCUUCACAUCAAAGCAUAUCAGAUUCGCCAGUCAUGUAGGGAGGCCGAAAUGGUAUCCUCGAAAGGGCGAUGAGGACGCUGAAGAGAAGAAGCCCGAGGAAAUACACGAGGAAAAUGGCUUUGAGCUUAGCCAACGCGAGAAGGAGUGGAAAGAGCAGAUGGAGGCCAUGCGGAAGCGUGUUGAGCAGGACCCAUACGAGGCAGUCUUCGGGAAGCGUUUCGAGCCUUUCUGGAGCCCAUUGGUACCGAGCUGGAUGCGGGAGGAUAUGGGCCUCGCAGGCUUCUCGAAGCUGAAAGACACCCCUUCUACCCCCUCUUCGACAUCCAGUAGUAAAAGAGAUCCAAUAGAGAAGAAGCAGCCUGCCGCACAAUACAAGCCACUUGAUCCAGAACCGAUGAGACGAAAUCGAUCUCCUUCCCCACGCAGGGAGGACGUGCCGGAAGGUCAGCUCACGAACUACAGCUACGAUUCGAAGAAGACCGCGCAUCUUCCUGAAGCUGACGGCCCUAAUGGCCAACUUACCAGUUACUCUUAUGGCUCGUCCACAUCUUGGGACUCCUGGACGAAGAAGACCAGACGAGAAGAGUGGGAUUCGGUCACUGGCCAGACCAGACGUUACGAGUACGAUCCAAUUACAAAUCGUAUGGUGCCCGUAGACGGACCAAAGUCGAUGGAAUCUGAGGUGACGAAGCUUGGCUCCGAGCUCAAAGAUCAUCCCAAAACAUCUGAAUCGCCAUUGAUGGACCACAGUUUCAAGGCAAAUUGGAUCGAGAGGUCGAAACCCGAAGGUAGUGAAGCUUCCAGACUCCGCGCAGCAUUGAAGGGACAGCCCAAAGGCUCUCUGUCUCCCCUCAUGGCUCAUGGCUUCAAGUCAGUCCUGAGUGAGAAGUCUUCUGAGGCAGUCGAUGUGCCUGUCAAGACUUCCAAGACUUCGCUGGAGGUGCGCAAAGCCAUACCUGUCCCAACUCAGAACUCAGAAGGCAAAAACACUUCCGUAUACUUUCCAUCUCUGCUCAAUACAUCUCUCCAGGCCCGCGCUACAAACCACUCCGCCGUGACCACAGUGCCGGACAAAGAUGUUGAUACUUUGACGGCUGAAGAUGUUCGUGCUUCGGUUGGAAAACACAAGGCCGAGACGACAACGAAGAACAGCUUGCAGAACAAUGUCGAUGAGUCAAGAGCUCGACAGUACGGCAAGGCAGAUCUCGCUUCAAGUCAGUGGGAUCAAGCAGAAUAUAGAGUCAUGCUUGAACAGCAGAUUCGCCACUUGAUCAGAGCAAAAGAGAAACUGCUCAGAGAUGGAUCUACAGCAGAGUUGGCGGCUAUUGAGAAGAAGCUGGAUACCACAAAUCAGCAGUUGGAUCAACUGGAUAGUAUUCAGACUGCGAAGCUUGGGACAGAAGCUGUUGCCAAGCUGGAAAGUGUGGUGGAGCCUGUGCCCAGACAUGAAUCUAGCACCACGCUGCGAUCAGCUCUCGAUCGACUGGAGGCCAAAGAGUCGAGAAGGUGGACGCCAGAGGAACUUCAGAAACUCGAAGAAAUGCGAAGAUCAGGCGUACCAUAUGACCAGAUCAUGUUGAAACUUGGUCGAAGCUCAAAGAGAUCUGCUGUUGAGGCUGCGGACUUGGACGACUCUGCUGCUCACGAGUCCACGGGUGACUACAGUGAUUACAAGGCGAACGUGCCCAGAGACUGGGAGAAACAGGCAGAGCUACUUCAAGCAGACCGUAUACGCCGGACACGAGGUGAUCCUGUGAAACAAGCCGAGGACGAUAUCAUGUCGAUGCGGAAAUCUGGCAUGCGGUGGAUCGACAUCAUGAACGUGAGGAAAGCCAAGUACGAGGCCGAGAAGGCGCAGCAAAAGGCUGCUGCUGAGGCUCGGGAUGCCGAGAAGAACUCGAAGCUCGCGAAGGCCAACGCCUUGCUUGAGGCUGAGAUCCAAGAACAGAAAUCCAGAAUGCAAGCGCACGAGACCCGCUACGCACACAAGAUACAGUCUCUUCGCAAAGAACUCGAUACUGCUUAUGAACAGAGCAGUACCAAUGCUGAGAUGCAUGUCGAUCGCAUCAAAUAUCUUGAGCAGGAGCUCGAGAAGGCUCAGAAGGCUGCCGGCGAGAAGUCCAAUGUCGAGAAAUAUCAGAGCGAGACCGAUCGCUACAAGAAAAAGAUCGCAGAGCUACGGAGAGAGCUCGAUAGUGCUUUCAAGCAAAGCAGUACGGCGUCUGAAAAGCACGUUGAGCGAAUACGGCAGCUGGAGAAAGAAGUUGACAGCGCUCAGAAGAAUAGCGCAUGGAAGUCUAGAUGGGAAAAGCAGAUCUACGUAAACGAAAAUCAAGCGCUACGUGACCAGCGCGACAGCACUAAGAUGAGCAGCAACAUCAAGGAAGAGAAGCAUCUCGAACGGAUUAGGCAACUUGAGCGCGAGCUGGCAGAAGCACGAAAGCAGAAUAUGCCAGCAGAAGCGACGCAAGCCGAGGGCGAUAUGAGCGCCAACGUCACAAAGUUCGCCAAGGGCAACAGUAAGUGGUACAAGCAGCCCGCUUCGCUGCCCUUGGAUAAGGAGCUGGAUAGAGAACUUGCCAAGUACGAGCCGAAGCAGAAGAGCGAUCAAGAUCUCGUGCGAGAGGUUCGUGACAUCUACGAAAAGCAGUAUGCGACACCUGGCCUCGAAGAUCACGGCCUUUUGAAAGGAGCAGAAUCCAAGAAGUCUGUCAGUGUCAACCCCAUUGAUGGGACCACAGAACCAGACACCGGUAGUUUCGCCUCACCUACCGGCUUGGUCGGUGACCGGUGGGACAACAUAAUCUCCAGCGAAGGUAUUGCCCAGUCGCCAAGCACUGUCUCUAACGCUACCUCCAAAUCUUCUCCAUCAACAUCGAACACCACUCCCAACUCAACCAAGCCGCCUCGCACUGAAGCCUCUGAUGACAUUAGGCACUACCCUCGCAUCUAUCGUGAAGAACGAGUCUUCAGUGGCAAUCGACUCGGCAAACGCUCCGCCCUUCCCCGUCGCCAUCACCACGAUCCCACUCCAGAACAAGUCAAGGAGAUGAAGAAGAAGUGGAAGAAGUAUCGACGCAGAUUCCGAUUGGCGAUCUUUACUGGUCUUGGUGCAAGCGCUUUGGCUUAUGGCAUUGGUGCCAAGAUGGAGCGCGAUGCUAAGGAGAAGAGGAAGGAGAACUGGGAGAAGAUCUUAGAAAGGUCGAGAGGUAGAUUCGAUUGA